CACGCAAAUGCAAAUUUGCAAUUUCGUUUCAAAAAUACUUUUGUUAUGUCAAAUAUAUACUCAAGUGAUCUCAAAAGAAAUUGUAAGUUUCCUAGUUUUUUCUAGUUUAUAUUUGUUGCAUGUUUAGUGUUUGUGACUUUGUGUGGAAAAGAUAAAUCAGUUAAAUUAUGGGUUUAUUGACGCAUUUUCAUGCAAGAACAUACAGCAAAGCUAGUCGACAACAUUCAUACAUGUACAAAGAACUUCAUUGUAAAACUCUAAUUGUCAAUGGUGUUAUUGUUCAUACUCGAACCUACAGCUUCUAAAUAACUAUAAUUUUGAUGUUUAUGCACCACAGCAUUUUCUAAAAUAAACUAGUUGUUAAAUUUUCUGACACGACAGGUGACACUCGACUGCAGGCAACUAUGUGUCUAUUAUUAUGCAAUUACUUUAUGGUUUCUGUGUUUGGAUGGCCUGAUCCAAACAUGUGGAAAUGUUGCAAGAGUUAAGAAAAGCGUGCAAAAUCACGAGCUGAAGGCGAGUGAUUUUGCAUGCUAGUUUUCUUAACUCGAGCAACAUUCCCAAGUGUUUGGAUCAGGCCAUCCAAUUUCCGUUUUAAAAUUUCACUUUAAAAAACUUUCACUUUAAAUUUCUGUGUUUUGAUGGCCUGAUCCAAACACAGGUUUCGACUAGGGGUGCACCGGAUUUGGAAUUUUCAAAUCCGGCCGGAACCGGAUUUACCGGAUUUGGACAAAAAUUCCGGCUGGAUUUGCCGGAUUUGAGAUAAACCGGUAAUGGGGACAAUUGGGGAUAAAUCAGUAUUCAAAAUGGUGGUUUAUGUUUUUUACUAUUUUUAGUUAGUGUCAGUUUAGAUUUUUGAUUGUGUUUAAACCUUAUUAAAAUAUUUUUUGUUCAUAACUUAAAAUUUUAUAAUAAUAUAAGUGUUUUUUAAACUUUAAAGCUGCCAAAUUGAUGGUUUAUCCCAUUAUUGGUGAAUUUUUAAGGCGAAAACAGAAAUUUAAAUCCGGCCGGAUUUUCUCCAAAUCCGGCCAGAUGCCGGAAAAUUCGUUAAAUUCGGCCGGAAUUCCGGCCUGAUUUGGAAUCCGGUGCAACCCUAGUUUCGACCAAUCAGAGCACAUGUUAUAUACAUCUUCAGGUUUUUUUUCAGGUUUUUUUUUGGACCGUAAAACAGCCCCAAAAACUCAAUCUUGAAUUGAGUUUUAAACUCAAUCUUAAUCUCACCAAAAGACUCAGUGUAGUAAAAAUGUAGUUGUUUGAGUUAAAUUUGUGACGUGUGCAAAUUAGUUUUCAGUUGGAAACCCCACAAUCAAGAAAAAAUGGCUGGAAUUCAUUUCACAACACAAGAAAACAACGCAAUCGCUAUCUUUAACCAGUUUAUAGUCUCCCUUUGUGCCCCUGCUUUAACACAUUGCGUCUCAACUACACUUAUAUUGGGUACAGGUGUCAGCCUCCCACAGCUGCCCCACACCCCAGCUGUUCAGCUAAGCUCAAUCUUCUCUACAAAAAUGGACCCAAGAAAAAAUCCUGAAAAAAACCCUGAUGUUAUUUUAUAAAAUAUUAGGGGCAUUUAUACGGGACAAAAUAAGACGCGACUUACAUAAGACGCGACUUACAUAAGACGCGACUUAAAUAAGACACAAGUUUGUUGUAUAAAAGGUACAAAAUUCUUAUGUAAGAUGCGUCUUGGAUAAGACGCGUCUUACAUAAGAACAGGACUUUUAGCUGUUCUUAUUUAAGUCACGUCUUAAAUAAGAUGCCCGAAACUUGAAACAACGUAAAAUUAUUAGCCUUGCAUAUUCGAACAAAAACAACUGAAACAACAUUAUAGCUAUAGCAAGUAAACUAGGAGUUACUAUCGCAAGGAAAAUGCUGCCGAUAUGUACAUGUAGGAUGUGCUACAAAAAGAGCGUUUUUCACUGUAUGUAUGAUUUAUUGUCUUACACAUCAUCGUUCCUCAGUUACCUUCGUACAAUUAUAUCUUACAUCUAAUCUUAUGAAAAGUAUAUUUUAAUAUACUUAACAGUGCGACUUUGAUAGUUGACACAUAAUAUAAAUGACAAGAUGUGAAUAUUAUUGAAUGAUUUUGUCACUCGUACAACUUUUAAUUUGGCUAUUCAAACAAUUGAUUUAAAAUAGUUGAAUUUAUACUUACUGGGAUGUUAUUGCUUAUUGGGAUGUUGAAAUUAUGUUUGUUUUAAAUACAUUUAAUUGAUAUCCCAUAAAUUCAUUUUGUAUGAUUUCAUUGACCUUGACGUUGUUCAAAAUCAUUUUGUAUUGUAUUGAAACUGUAUGUCUAUGACCUAUGUUAUGUACUAUAUUAACCCAUUGAGUCGCAUUGCACCCUGAUGCACCCUACUUUGAACAGUAUUUUACUCUGUCUAACGCCAGACGAUUUUACUCGUCAAGGGGAGAGUGCUGGCGCUUAAUGGGUUAACUGAUCUAUCUGCCCAUGUGUCUAGUUAACCCAUUGGGUCGCAUUGCACCCUGAUGCACCCUACUUUAGUAUUUUACUCUGUCUAACGCCAGAGUAUUUAACUCUGUCUAACGCCAGAGUAUUUUACUCUGUCUAACGCCAGAUGAUUUUACUCGUCAAGGGGAGAGUGUUGGCGCUUAAUGGGUUAACAUGCCCAAAAUCUGUACUAAAACUGCUUUUUCCAUUUUGUGAUUGGCACAGUUUAAUCAAAGAAUCCUCCCGUUGAACCAGAGCCUUCACGAUAUUUCAAUUUAUUAUUAACUGAAGGCUCUGGAAUCCAGGAUAGCUUGCCAUUGAAUACAGUGCAAUGCUUAUAUUUCUGAAUGAAUAAGAUCAUACUCAGAAGAACAGUCAGAACUGCAAAACUAUAUUGUUAGAAAGAAGUUGAAGUUGUGAGCAUUAUUGUGGUAACACAGCCAUAUGUAUAUAUCAAUGUAUGUCAGUAGAAUCAUGUUUAUAGGCUUUAUAUAUAACUGAGGCAGUCUUAUACAAGUCAUAUCUUAUACAAAAGUCAGUUGAUAUGCUAUAUUACAUGUAAUUGCUGAUAAGUCCAUAUAUGCAGACAACAAUCCACACUGGGUAGCUCUAGGAAUCUUGUUAAGCCUGAUUUAUUAACAACAUCCCGCGUACUAUAACUAUAAACAUCUAGAAAUAGAACGUACCGAACACUAUUAUAUACUCACCGCCUUUGGCUUUGCACAUAUUAAGUGACAUAACAAACAAAUAAAAUAAAGUUAAUUUGCUUCUUGUAUCAGCAUAAAGGCAUUAAUCAUGGAUUACUGUCGAUUUGGUCGGGAAUAGAUCAGUGAUUCAGUGGGUAUUAUAAUUGCCGAUAUAUUCUUGAAAUCAUAUUGUUUCAAUGCCUCUAUAUCGAAGUUUAAUACACUAAAGUGACUAAACAAGUAUAAACAGCAGAUUUAAAUAUAAAUGCCUUCAUGUAUUAUAAAAUAUAUCACCAGACAGAUAGACAGGGCACACGGCACGACUACAUCACUAUACGAGAACGAAAUAAAGCCAUCCUUACCUGAAUUAUUCAAAAUAUUGUCGAUCAUUCUUGCGCCAGAGACACAAAAUAACACCGUGCUUUAUUUACCCAUUCAUCAUCACAAAUAUUACUCGGAAUUUUUAUGGAAAUUCGCAUUAUUUUAUGAUUUUUAUAUUUCCGUCCGUUUAUAACAGUCGCCAUGUUGUGGACAAACCCCCCCGGGAACAAAAAAAUAAUAUCAAAACAGCUAGUUUUGGCCCGUCCGUGGAUGACAAAAUGACAUAAAUCGAGAUUGUAGCGGCUAUAAACUCGGCGGUCACGUGGUAAGCACACCACAUGUAGAGAUUAGUGUGCUGCCUCGCUACGCUCGGCAGCAAUAAGAAUAAAUCCGUAGAGAACCAUUUAUGCGAUAACUCAGCUUAUAUAAGACGCGUCUUAUGUAAGACGCGACUUAUUUUGUCCCGUAUAAAUGGCCCUAAUGUGGUUCCCAAACGGUGAAAUUUCAUUGGGUCAUUCCAGAAAACAUCGGAUUCCAUACCACCCCCACGGAGGAAAUAGGAAGUUAACCCCCCUACCCCCUUCAGAUAUCCUAAUAUUUUAGAAACAAUUUUUUCUCCCCUCCCCCUUCGGACGGCAGAAAUUUCCUCCGUGGGGAGAGUAUGGAUCUUUUCUGGAACGACCCAUUUCUCGAAACCUAAUUACCGGCACAAUCAGUUUUCCGAGCCUAAACAUCAAUAUCGUCAAGCAAAUUUUCCCUCAAAGAUUUUUCGAAGCGGUCGCUAUCGGUGGAUUCCGAAACCAAGAACAACAGCAGACAAUACAGAUACAAGAGCAAGUCAAAUCAACCCGGCAUACAAAGUGAAUCCUUUCCAAUCAAAGUCAGAGUUACAGCUUGGAGAAACGGAGUCCUGGGAAGCUUACCUACAGCUGGUCAACCGCACCUUGGACCAGUUUGGAACCCUUGUUUAGGCGCAAUCCAACGGACAAGUGAUAAUUAUACAUCUCAGAGAAGUGUAAAUUUUAAUAAUUUAAUUAACAUUAAGACUAAUACAAACCCCACCAUUGGAAAGUCCUCAGUCCCGUCCUUCCUCUUGUCAAAUGUAUGCCAUAUAACAAAUAAGGUAGACGAAUUAGCUGCUGUUGUAUCGAUCUAUGACCCAUCCGUGGUAAUGAUAACUGAAUCUUGGCUAAGUGAUGAUAUCGGUGAUUCCUCGGUUAAAAUCGGUAAUAAAUACAACAUAUUUCGUCGCGAUAGAAAGUCUCCUGGCGGUGGAGUGAUCGCCUACGUGAAUAAUUGUUUACCAGCAGAGCGUAUGACUCACCUCGAAGAAGAAAACAAAGAAGUGAUAUGGUUGCUGUUAAAACCCCCCAGAACCCCUAGACCUUACAGUACAAUCGUUGCUGCUGUUGUGUACUACCCUCCUGGUCAAUCCGCCGAACAAGCAAUCGAUAUGAAUGAAUACUUAACUACUUGUAUAGAUAGUCUCUUGCGCGAACGUCCUUCAUCUGGAAUUGUUAUAGCUGGGGACUUCAAUCAACUAAAAUUAAGAGAACUGUGUAACAGAUUUAAUUUAAAAAGAUCCGUAACUAAACCGACUAGAGGACACAACAUUCUUGAUCAAAUCCUUACAAAUAUGCUCCCUCUCUUUGACACUGUUAGCCAUCUCCCCCCAAUCGGACGCUCCGACCACCAAUGUCUUCUAAUCAAGCCCAUUAAAAGACAGAAAACUCCGGUUACGUCAAAAAAAAUUAGAUUGAUGAAACGAGCAAAUUUAAAUGACCUCUCCCUGAAUAUGGCUUCUGAAGAUUGGACUGCUGUAUAUUCAGCACUGGAUGUGGAUGAGAAAGUAUCAGCUUAUAACUCCAUUAUAAUCAAGAUGCUUGACGAGUUCUUACCCGAAAAAACCAUCAGAGUACAUCACUCUGAUAAACCGUGGAUCACUGGUAAUAUUAAAAUGCAAAUCAAAGCUCGUCAGAAGGCCUUUUCUCGUGGUGAUCAGCCAAGAUACAAACAACUAUGCGAGAAAGUGGAAAAUCUUAUAGCUAAAGCUAAAGCCACCUACUAUCGGUCCAAGGCCUCAGAAUUUCGUACCUCGAAUCAAUCGAAGUGGUAUAACUGUAUCUACUCUUUAGUAAAUGCCGAAAACACAACCCACACCCAAUUUCCACACGGGCCCGAAAACCUAGACUUAUCCGACUUAGCUGAAAAACUUCAGAAAGCCUUCACUAAACCAUGGUCGGACCGUUACACGAAUGUCGCCUUUGAAAUACCUGAAGUGAACCACCCACAUAAGAAUAACAAACCACCCCUUCCUUCUAUUGGCCAAGUUAAAGCGGUCUUAAAACAUCUUAAUCCAAGAAAAGCAACUGGCAUCGAUAAGGUUCCUGCAUGGAUGCUCAAACAAUACCACGAAGACCUAGCUCCUGUGGUUUAUGACAUUGUGUGCUGUAGUAUAAGUCAAUGUUGUUAUCCAUCACUCUAUAAACAUGCCCUAAUUUUCCCUGUUCCUAAGGUGCAACCGCCGAGAGACAUUAACAAUGAUUUCCGCCAGAUAUCAGUCUUACCCCAUCUUGCCAAGAUCCUGGAAAAGAUCCAGCUCCAGUUAAAUAUUGAAGACCUGAAAAUUAAGAAUAACCAGCACGCGUUUACUCAACAUCGAAGCACAGUCUCUGCGUUAAUAUCAACUACCCAAACCUGGUUUAAUGCCACUGAUUGUUCAAAAACAGGCAAAAUGGGGGUUCAUGCGGCCUUCAUUGACUUUCGUAAGGCCUUCGACCUUGUGGAUCACAAUAUUCUUUUGAACAAAUUAGCAGCUAUGAACAUAAAUAAACCCUUCUGGUUAUGGAUUAAAAGUUUCCUUUCCGGAAGAGUUCAACAAGUAAAUCUCAAUGGUACCUUAUCAUCCAUUGCAACAUGCCCGGCCGGAGUCCCGCAAGGCUCUGUAAUAUCUCCCAUUCUUUUUAAUACCUACAUUGAUGAUUUGGAAGACGCCUUACCAGAACAACUAAAAGUCAGUACGAAUAAGUAUGCAGAUGACUGCACACAACACCAAAUAGUGAGCGUAGAUUCUAAUAGUAAUUUACAACAAUCUAUCAAUGAAGUAAAUAACUGGGCGGUGUUAAAUAAAAUGGCAAUUAAUGCUAAAAAAACGAAGGACAUGUGGAUCUCGUUCACGGACGCUAUACCUGAACCACCACGUCUUCGUAUUGGAAAUGAGUUAAUAGAAAGGGUCAACGCUUUUAAAUUACUUGGCGUGUCGUUCCAAAAUAAUCUAAAAUGGAACGCACAUGUUGAAGAGAUUACACAUAAAGCAAAUAAACGCCUUUACCAUCUUAGAGAAUGCAGGAAAUCGCAGUUACCAGCUGAAGUCGGUAUUAUUACCUAUCAAUCCAAAAUAAGACCAAUUCUCGAGUAUGCAUCACCUGUCUGGGCGGGACUGCCUAAUUACCUGCGAGAUGAAAUAGAGCGGGUUCAAUCCAGGAGCUUAAGAAUCCUUGGCCUGGAAAAAGAUUACCUACCACCGCUGAAUGAAAGAAGGGAAGAGGCAACUAGUCGAGAAGUUGAUAGGUUUAUGAACGAUCCAAACCAUCCCUGUCGCAGUGUUUUGCCAAAAUUAAUUAACAAUCGGUACUAUUUAAGGAACAUUGACCGGAAUCGCAAUAUAUCAUUCUUCUCAGGAACUGAAAGGCAUAAACAUUCAUUUUCAGGUAGAGCUUGUAAAUAUGUAUAAAUAGUUUUAACUUAUUAGAAGAACUUAUUAGAUUAAAUAAUUUAUUAGUUUUAACUUCUUAGUUAGUUUUCUAAAUUAUCUUACAACAAUUUGUAAUAUAAAAACAUAUCCACAGCAUAUAUACUUUCUUAAACAAGUAAUUGUAAGUCCAUUGUACUUUUUUAUCUUAAGAUGGAUGAAUAAAGCUAUUAUUAUUAUUAUACAAAUUGCAGUACUGAUAUAUGUGGGUUAAAAACUCAAAACAAACGUUUAGCUGAGCGGGAUGCAAGGAUGGCAGUCUCCUUCACUGCCAGACUAUAAAAUUUCGGCUUUGGAGGAAAUUAACUGUUCAAAAUCUGCCCAGAAUUUUUCAAAUGUAAAAAACUGCGAAUAUUUCUGAAGAAUGAUCUGCACAAAAUGCCUUAAGUUCAUGAACAAAUAACAAAAAGCAGAUUUUUGACAAAUUAAAAACACAUUCUGACUGCAAGAUAUGGUCUGCCAUAAUUUUUUCUGUGAAAAUAUCUGACAUUUCUGCACAAUGAAAAAUAUUUCCUGUGCAUGUGUAAAAUAAAACUUUUCAGUCUUGGUCCAGAAACUCUCAUGCCUUAUGGGAAGAUCACAAUUUCUUGAGGGCCUGCAGAAUCUUGUAGGCAAAUGGCAUCAGCUGCAUAGGCCCAUUUACAUGAGACCGAAAACGAAGUCAAACUGGGACCAUUUCGUUUCGGUCAUAGUAAUAUUUAUAAUAGAUGUUUACAUGAGACCAGGACGAAAAUAAAUCAGACUGGUCUCAAGUCAUUCUGCCUGCUGGACGAAAGUGUUUAUAUCACGGUAGGAGACAGUCCUUAAAGUGCGCAUGCGCACACUACCGGACGGGACCCUAUCUUUAAAGACGAUGUCCACUCCUGUGCACAUGCGCAAACUUUGUUUACGUUUUGAACUGUUACAUUUGCAAAAAUAUGAUAUACUAACUGAAUAUCUAACACUUUUCUGGUUCGCUAUACUUGUAAAUGAAUAUAAACUAUAAGUUUCAAUUCAAAAAAGUUCGAAAGAUGCAAAAUUUGGGCAAUGUUUAUAUCUGGGGGUCCCCCUUUGUUAAUGAGCAGAACUGAUGCGCAGAACGGAGUGGACAUCAUAUCUUUAAUAAUAUUAAAGUACUGAAAGAUUUAUUGAAAUUUGAACAUUGUUGGAUCAGUAUUGGGCCAAUAUUGUUGGGUCUGUUCACCGGGUCCAUUUAAAUGACUCGAUCUUUACAUCUUCGGUGUCAUUACCAUUUCAUGAUUAAUGUGUGAUCAUUGUCACUGCAACACGCUCCCCCAACAUUUCCAAUGUUGUCCAUUUGAACGGGGCUAAUUGAUUGUACGUUGAACACGACAGACUACCACCAACAGCUGUAGACUGCAUGCAGGCUAGCUGCAGAGUAUUUAACAAAUAUAAAACAUUUUCCGUGUUGAUAUACAGUUAUAUCAACACGAGUGGAAAUUUGGAAAACGAGAAAUUGUGUGGAAACACGACGCCCGAAGGGCGGAGUGUUUUCACACAAUUUCGAGUUUUCCCAACUUCCACGAGUGUUGAUAUAACUAUAUAUCAAUACGGAAAAAAUGUUUUAUAUUUGUUUUAUAAUAUAGCAAUGCCAAAAGCUCGAAGAAUAAGAACAAUUUCCGUGUUACAAGCGUCGGAAAAUUUCCCGUGUUGACAUGGAGUUAUAUCAACACGGCUCUUAGCCAAUCAGCGUUCAGAAUUUACAAAUGCUAUAUUAUAAACAAUAUUAUUGCAUAAAAUGAUCAUGGGCGUACGGGAAGGAAAAAAUUAGGGGGGCGGAAAGAAAUUUGCCCGUCUUUUUCGGAUUGUGCCCGACCAGUGCCGUGUACCAUUUUAGGUCUCCAAAAAAUUUUCAGACAUACCAAAAUUUUUCGGAACAUCAAACAAAUUUUCCCAAACAUCGAAAAAUUUACAUAAUUUCCCGCAAAAUUGACAGAAUUUGUCCCAUUUAUUUUUAUAAUAACCCAAUAUUGCCCGACUGUGACGCGAAUAUUGCCCAACUGGCUUUGUUUGCCAAACAAACUGGGGUUAUUAUUAAGAAAGAUUUUAUUGCUUUGACUAUUUUUUGCCCGACUUUUGCCCAACUUUUGUUGAACAUUUGCCCGACUUUUCGAGUUUGUAAUCUUAUUGGGGGGGGCAGCUGCCGCCCCCCCUGCUCCCCUAUGAAAAUGAUUGUCCGCACAUCUAAUACAAUCAGACUUUUCUAACACUGAAGCGAAGGACAUAGUAUCCAAAGACAAGAAGACAGCAAUGUCCAUAUUGGAGAGGUUUCUGUUAAUUUAGCUAGGGCAAUGGGAGGGUUUAAUAUUUUAACUUAGUAGAAUAUAUGAAAAUUAUGUAUAACGGGGCAUUGAAAACUGUGCCUUGUCUGUAUUGAAGAGGUGCCCAUAUUAGAGAGGUGUCUAGCUGCAAGGUGAAGUUUGACUGCAUGUAUUUUACAAAUUUGAAGGUAUACAUGCAUGCAGGGACCGUCGCAACAAAUGUCCCCUCUGUUGUUGGUUAAUUACUAUAAGUUAUAGUAAUUAACCAACAACAGAGGGGACAUUUUUUUGGGACACCCUGUAUUACAUUAAAAGCUGUAAGUAAUAGAUUUAUUCCUUAACCUCUGAACAUGUCAUUACCAAUUUACCAAAGAUUGUCAUGCACUUUUGCACAUUAGGAGUUAUUACGGCUUGAGUGUUGCAUUUCCUGAACUCUGUUCAGUUGCUGAGCGAAGUGAUCAAAAUGACAAUAAAAAACCCAACAUCAAACAUGUUCAUGGGUUAUUCAUUAUUAAUUAUAUUCAAACUAGAAUUCACAUGAUAUAUAUUUUACAUUGAAAUGCUCUAAAACAGUACUACAGGCUUUUUUUCAGGAUUUUCUCUUGGGUCCGUUUUUGCAGAGAAGAUUGAGUUUAGCUGAACAGCUGGGGUGGCUGCAAUCCCCCCCCCCCCUGACACCUGUACUCAAUAAAUGUAGUUGAGAUGCAAAGUGUUAAAGCAGGGGCACUAAGGGACCAUUCAUUAUUUAUGACCGGGGGUGGGCUGGCAAAAUUCAAUUAACAACUAAACAAAAUGUCCUGCCCCACCUCCUGCAUUACAAAAAAAUUCAAUGACCCCCUUCACACGAGUUCUAAAAAAUAUUAACCCCCCCCCACCACCACCACCACCGACAAUAUAAUAAAUGGACAGUACUGUAUAGAAAUGAGCUGUUUAAACUUGUUGUCAAAGGCAUCAGAUCUUUAAUUUACAUGAGCUUUCAACAGUUAAUAUGUAUGCCCAUUUAACCCAUUAAUUAAGCUGCAGAGUUUUCUGUCACAACGAGUAAAAUCGUCUGGCAUUAAACAAGUAAAAAAAUAAGUAGGGUGCAAUGGGUUAACUAGAGACAUUGUCAGAUUUUUUGUUAAUCCAUUAAGCUGCAGAGUGCCGAAGAGGCUAAAGUUAUACCACUUUAAAGUUAUACCAUACAAAGAGUAUAGUAACUAGUAAACUGUAGAGUGUAGUUUGCUCCAAACGUAAAAAGUUGCUCAAAAGUUGCUGAGCACAAUCGGGACAUGCCUAGCAGAGCUUAUCCGUUGACGAGUAAAAUCAGGUCAGGAGUUUAGGGUAGCUGAAAGCAAGGGCCAAAGGCCUGAGGAAAUGUUUAAAUUUAGAGUCUCUGAAAUGCCAUUUCCUGGACUUUGCAGAAGAUUUGACAGAAUUCUGAUGGGCAGAAAACAGCAUAUUAGUGUGUCAAAAUUUACAAUUUAGUAGUACUAAAUGGGUGAGGGCGUAUUUAAUUAACUAUAUGUUGGAUAAGUUGCAGGAAAGUAUGAGAAAUAUCUUCAUUCUUUGCAUAGUAUAGUUUAGUAUAGUAUGGUAUAGUAGAACUUUAUUUAACCACGCUUCCCUCAUCACCCAUGGAUGAUUUUCAUGAGGGGCGUCACACAAAUUACAUUCUAAAAACUAGUAUAAAUGCUAGUACUACUAUGAAAAUUACUAUGAAAUAGAAUAACACAGAAUAGCAAAUACGUAGAUAAAAUGUUAAAAAACCAAGACUAUUCGAUGCCUGACUCUGUUGCACACAUUAUUUUAUAUAAUUUUUGAAGCUACUUAAAGAUUCUGUUUGCUUUGCCUGCGUAUAGGUAAACUAUUCCAUAGAACAGCCCCGCGCUAUAUCCAAAACUCUUUGCUGCUAUUAGGUAUAUAAUUUAAAUGAUAAAGGCUGCAUGAUUUUGGAAAAAAGAAUGAUUAUUAGCAAAUGAUUGGGAGGAGCUGCAGCUCCCCCCCCCCCCGGUUGCUACGGCCCCUGGGUUAGGAGUAGGGUUAGGGUAUACAUACUACGUCAAUGAACUACAAAGACCGCUAAACAGCUAGUGACUUGGACAUUUGACUCGGGCUCGGAUUUGACUCGGACUUGACACGGUAAACCAACAAACUCUUUACUAAAUUAAACCAUGAAUAAAAUACCUAGUAUAAACUAGUGUAUAUAGUGUAUGCCAAACUUUCCCUGGACGUAAUGUUGCUACAUCCAGGUGAUCUCGUGUUCGUAUUUUAGCCAAUCAGCGCUCAGAAAGGGUUGUCCGAAUAGAAAUCCAUUUUGAUGUAUUCAGUCAAUUAUAUCUUUCGUUAUUACCUCCGCCAGGAGGUUAUGUAAUCAUCUGGGUUUGUAUGUGUGUGUGUGUGUGUGUGUGUAUGUGUGUGUGUAUGUGUGUGUGUGUGUGUAUGUGUGUGUGUAUGUGUGUGUGUGUGUAUGUGUGUGUGUUUGUCUGUGAGCACGAUAACUCAAGAAAUACCAAACAUAUCCGUACGAAAUUUUUUGAAUGCAUUUCCCAUCGGCUAAGGAAGAACUGAUUAAAAUUUGGUUGAAUUUGGUUAAAAAUUGAACGAGAAAUGAACAAAAUUUUGUCUUGCUUUUCCCGGUCAAUUAACAAAAAAUAUUACUGAAUGCGUAAUUAGGACAUGUAUAAUUUAUGCACUCAGUGCUAAGACAAUAAUGAGAUGAUAAACCUCAUUAAGCUUCGGCCUCAUUAUCUAUUGUCUUAGUUGCAUUUCACGCGACCGAAAUUCAAUGUCUAAAACAAGGCUUACGGAGUUACGCAUUAUUACGUUCAGCAAAGUGCCAGUCCAUUCAAAUUCUAACAACAUUAGAUUACUUCAAUACAGGGUGUAUAAAAAGAACGCAACCUCGGAAUUUCCCAAGAAAUCGACAUUGUUUUAAAGACAAAAGAUUUUAGCUGCCUGGGAAUUUAAAAUAGCACAACUGUGAAAAUUACUGCACGCGCGAGUGCAUAAAGCAAAAUUUAUGAUUACAUGACACUUAAUAAGUUUUUAUUUUACAAGUACUGUACAGCACAACAACAGUAAUAUGUUCUAUUAGCAAUUCGAUUUCAAUUCGCGGGGGCCUGAAAUCUUUUAUGCUUAAGAAUUAUAAAGUGGAUUUCUUAGGAAAUUCCAAGGUUGCCUUUCACUUCCGAGUAACGGGCGGAGGUAUGCAGUCUCUGAGUGCCCUCUAGUUCUUUAUGAAACUAGUUGAAAUUUUGUAAUUAUGUUUGGUUAUGAGAACUAUAGCUCUGACAAAAAUUUGGAAUCAAAAUAAAGUAUAUUACAGGAGAUAUUCAGUUGUUUUAAUCAUAAAAUGGAUUUCUAUUUGACAACUAGUGCCAGUACUUUUCCGCGUAUCAAGAUCACCUGGAUCGCUUACUCGUUAAUUAUCUUUCUUUGCUUAAAAUGUACAUAAUUGAAAUAUUACAAAAAUUUAUGGCAAGUUUAUGGCAAAAGUUGUAAGGUAGAUGUUCGAUUAUUUUUUCACAAUAUCAGCUGUGCGCAUUGCAUUUUGGGUAUUUGUGCAUUGCAUUUUGGGUCUAUCUGUUGAUUAAAAUUGAGAAUUUUGCUAGUUAUACUUGAAUUAAAUUUGCAGCCUUGCUCACUCCCUGUGGUAGCAAUAAUCGUUACAUGUCAAAUGUUUCCCCACUAUAAUUCACAAUAAUAAAUAACUGGACCCCCCUUCUGAACCAAUAUUUUUAGGUGGCUCCCCUUUUCGGUAAAAAAUACCUCAUGACCCACCCCUUUUUUUUUGCCAGCCUACCCCCAGUCAUAAAUAAUGAAUGGUCCCUAAGGGACACUAUAAACUGGUCAAAGAUGGCGAAUGCAUAGUUUUUCUUGUGUUGUGAGAUGAAUUCCAGCCAUUUUUUCUUAAUUGUCGGGUUUCCAACUGAAAACUAAUUUCCACACGUCACGAAUUUAACUCAAACAACUUCAUUUUUACUACACUGAAACUUUUGAUGAGAAGAUUGAGUUUCAAAACUCAAUUCAAGAUUGAGUUUUUGGGGGCCGUUUUACGGCCCUAAAAAAUCCCUGAAAAAAACCCCUGUACUAGUAUUCCAAAGGUCGUAGGUUCGAUUCCCACCGUGGCCAUUUGGGCUAGUAUUCCAAAGGUCGUAGGUUUGAUUCCCACCGUGGCCAGACAUAUUUUUCAAGCUUGCCCGGUGUGGAUACACACUCAGAGUAACAUCACAAACAUCAUAUCCACCUGAGCACACAAAAUCGCUCUAAAACAGUUUUACCCAGUAAAGGAUAUCAGCAAUAAUUAAUGUUAUAUGGAUGCAGACUUGCGGAGGAAGUGGAUUAUUAAUCCUUUAAGUAGCAAUGCACCCUACUUUAAAGUAUUUUACUCUGACUAACGCCAGACAAUUUUACUCGUCAAGUGGAGAGUGCAUGUGCUGCCACUCAAUGGGUUAAAUAUUUAUUUAGAUGUUUCCAGAUGAUACACCACUUUGAACCGCAUUUCAGCUAAAAUAAGUAAAUAACAGGGGGUAGUUUAAAACCCUCGAGUUAUUUGUUAGUCUAUUAAGUAUAAAAGUAUUUCCUUUGUAUGACAGCACUCGCCCCUACACAUCAGACGAAGGGUAUAAAAUUCCAAUAAUCCAAUUAGGCAGCACCUUGUAGAGCUGUGCAAACUUCGAUUUUUUUUAGCUUCGGCUCCAGCAGUCAAAACUCUGGCUCCUGCUUUGGCUGCAAAAGGGGAAGCAGGCGAAAGUAUUUCAGUGUAAUUUCAGAAUUUAUUUUAUUCCUUUUUGAGCUUUCUCCUUUACUUAUCAAAUAUAUGUGCUUCAGUUCUUGUUUAAACAAUGUUUUGUAGAAAGUAAAACCGCACGGCAGCAUGGUAUUUUCGCCCAAAAUGGUAUUUUCGCCGGGUCAGCGGAUUUUUGUAUCAAAAGCGAUACCGGGUCAGCGGAUUUCGCCGGGUCAGCGGAUUUCGCCGGGUCAGCGGAUUUUUGUAUCAAAAGCGAUAGCAAUGCAAUUGCAGAAUUUUCAAAACCACAAAUCAGAGCAAGUAAUUAAACUUUAUAGUAACUUCAAAUCAUUCAACUUAAUUUUUCCAUUACCAAAAGUUUAUUGAAAUAUGAAAUAAUAGUUUUCCAACUCCGGCUCAGGCAAAAUAUGCCGGGGCUCCGGUGCACAGCUCUAGCACCUUGACAUGCAAAUAUCACCAUAAUCAUACCGCAAUAAGUGCCCACUUUCUCUUCCGUUAACUCAGACGUGCAUGUCUGAUCAUUGGAUUCUGUACUAUACUGUUAACAGUCCAUUUUCCCCGCACCUUACAUUCGUAAUGUUGUAUUUACAGUGUGACUGAAUCCUGAUGACUUCAAACACACAAGGUAAUAUGCAAGCAUGACUUUUAUAUUUAACAAUUAUUCGCCGAAGGCGAGGUGAUUAUCGGAGAAUAUUCACCGAGACAAAGUCGAGGUGAUUAUUACCCGGUAAUUACCGAGCAGGCGAGCCUAAGGCGAGUAUUUUUACACAAGUAGUUGGAAUUCUGGAAUCUUUUAUAUUAAACCAAAACAUUUAUCUUACCAUGAUGCAACAUAUUAAUCUUAAUAUAUUUGCAUUGGAAAAUCAGGCAUUCACGUAAAAUGUCUUAUAUUUGCCAAUAUCUUUUCGCAUGAUUUUUUGACUGACAUUUCCUUGAAAUAAUUAGUAGCCUAAAAGGUUGUGAAACGAGCAGGGCUGCAAAUAAAUAUUUGACUUGACAGGACAUUUGUCCGAUCACUUCUAAUUUUGGUCGGACAUAACUUGAAUUUGGUCGGACAAAAACCAACACCACUAAAUUUGGUCGGACAUAUAUAGUAUACGUCACAAGAUAUACAUAAGUCACGAGACAAGUAUGUAUAGCCAUUCCGGCGCAACGUUAAGUAAAAUGCUAGAAUGCCUCGCAAAUUUUAUUGCAAAAUGCAAAUUGAGUGAAUUUGCAAUCGGAUUUUGUCACAGCAAAAAAAUGUAUAGUGUGACAAAUUUUUUUUGUGAUCGGACCAAUGUCCAAUCAAAAUUACUUUUGCUCGGACAUUUGUCAAAUUUAGUCAGAUAUUUAUGAUGUCCAACAGUAAUUUGCAGCCCUGAACGAGUGUCCUUGUAGCAGGAAACAUUCAGUAAUUGUUUGAAUAUUUGAUAAUCGAUUAGACGACGCACAUAUCACCGUAUCCUGUACAACAGAAUAUCCUGCUUACAAACUUGACAAGGCAUCAAAAUGCUGGGGUUUGGUAACGUUAAAGGCCUCGGAUUAUGAACCUGAGGAAUCAAAAAGACCAACAUUGGAUAUUGUUGCCGUAAUUGACAGGAGUGGGUCUAUGAAGGGAGAAAAAUUGUUUCUAGUCAAGAAAUCGCUGAAAUUCUUGGUUCAAAACUGUAUGUAUACGUUCAACAAUCAUGAUAAAAGACGUUUUAUUUCCCUUGAAUCCUCUAUAAACCCAAAGAGCAAUGCUGUUUGGAGUAUUUGCGAAUUACGGUAUACGUAUAAGCUUUCGUUUCGAAAGUUUAUUUGCGGUAUUUAGUGGUAUCCGAUUGUUACUGUGUAUCUAAGUUUCAUCCAGAAGAUUCAUAUGAGUAAUCAUAUUGUCAAGCGUGUAGAAAUCCUAAGGAUUCACUGAGAACGUCUGGUUCUUUAUAAAAUGUUAACGAGAACAUCGUUGCGAGUCCGGUGGCAAUGAUGCAAAAUUAAUACUUUAUGCAUAUACGUUUAUGCAUACGAAAUUUGAAGAUUCUAUUUUCACUUUUUGUUCAUAUUUCAGAGACCAAUUACCGUUUAAGUGCGCCAUAUUAUAUUUAAAAUAUAUACCGGGUGUUCAAAAAAACAAACUGGACACUGUUUCAUUUCAUGUAACGUAAAAGCUAUGCAAGCCAUCGCUAUGAAGUAAAAAUCAUUGCAUUCAGAAAGGACUAACUUAGAUUGGGAUAUACUGUAUAGAACUUGAAUUCACAUGCAAUAUUGACUGCGCUCAGUGGCGGAAAUCUUGGUGGGGCGGGGGGGCGGUUGCCUCCCCCCCACCUUCAGGGAAAAUUGACGAAUGUUCGGAAAUUUUGACCUAAAAGAGGGCUAAAAACAGUCUUUUCGAGUGCCAGGGGAAAGUAAGUCGGAAAUUUGAAGGUUUUGUCGGAAAUUUAGGGGACUUUGCCCCCCCCCCCCGGAAAAUGUGAAUUUCCGUCACUGACUGCGCUAUUGAUGUUUGAACGUUAAACUACUGUUUUUGAAAAAGUCAAAAAUGAGGAUAAAACAACCUUAUAAUUAGCCAAUUUUUACCUAGUUUUCACCAAUUCCUAAAACGCAUUCAAAUUCAAACAGCUGUAUCUCGCUCAAUAUUGCAUGUAAAUUCAAGUGUUAUAUAUCCAAAUCUAAGUUAGUCUAUUCUGAAUGCAAUGAUCUUUAUUUCAUUGCGAUAGCUUUUAUAGCUUUUUACGUUACAUGAAAUCAAACAUUGUCCAGUUUUUUUUAUACGUAAUUACGUAUAUUCACCUUGUGAGGAUUGAAAAUUGUUUGUUUUGCUAUUUUUUUACUAGUAUGUGCUUAAGGAAUCAGGAAUGGACACGAAUUAUUGUUCAAAUUAAAUAAUUAUUUAUACACUGCACUGUAAAUUUGAUUUUCGGGUACUCAGUUUCUUGGAUUUCAAAACAAUUAACGCACGUCGCUGAUGAAAGUUGGUACACUUUGUUUUCAAAACGUUUGUGUCUCUUUAUUUUUUACCUGGUUUAAAUGUCUCUCUUUUUAUCUGCCAUUUGACCUUUUCUGUUUUCAUACUUUUGUACUUAUUUUGACACGUCAACUUCGUUAAUAUACUUUAAUAUCUGUAUAUAAGACGGGUCAAGACAGACGUCUUCCUGCAUUGGCAGAUCUACACCAUGAUCACAUGCCAGGUAUUUCACUUUCUCGGUUGCUAGGCCACCCCAUCAAGAUCGCAUAAUAGUUCUUCACCACUAUCAACAACAGAUGUUUCAGUUCGUUCUUCCUGGAUUUGUAGGUCACCAUCAUGAUCAUACAAGACUUCUUCACCACUAUCAACAACAGAUAUUUCAGUUCGUUCUUCUUCCUGGAUUGGUAGGUCACCAUCAUGAUCACACAAGACUUCUUCACCACCAUCAACAACAGAUAUUUCAGUUCGUUCUUCUUCCUGGAUUUGUAGGCCACAAUCAUGAUCACACAAUACUUCUUCACCACUAUCAACAACAGAUAUUUCAGUUCGUUCUUCCCGGAUUUGUAGGUCACCAUCAUGAUCACACAAGACUUCUUCACCACUAUCAACAACAGAUAUUUCAGUUCGUUCUUCUUCCCGGAUUUGUAGGUCACCAUCAUGAUCGCACAAUAGUUCUUCACCACUAUCAACAACAGAUAUUUCAGUUCGUUCUUCUUCCGGGAUUGGUAGGCCAGCAUCAUUAUCACACAAUACUUCUUCACCACUAUCAACAACAGAUAUUUCAGUUCGUUCUUCUUCCCGGAUUGGUAGGUCACCAUCAUGAUCGCACAAUACUUCUUCACCACUAUCAACAACAGAUAUUUCAGUUCGUUCUUCUUCCCGGAUUGGUAGGCCAGCAUCAUGAUCACACAAUAGUUCUUCACCACUAUCAACAACAGAUAUUUCAGUUCGUUCUUCUUCCUGGAUUGGUAGGCCAGCAUCAUUAUCACACAAUACUUCUUCACCACUAUCAACAACAGAUAUUUCAGUUCGUUCUUCUUCCCGGAUUGGUAGGUCACCAUCAUGAUCGCACAAUAGUUCUUCACCACUAUCAACAACAGAUAUUUCAAUUCGUUCUUCUUCCCGGAUUGGUAGGCCAGCAUCAUUAUCACACAAUACUUCUUCACCACUAUCAACAACAGAUAUUUCAGUUCGUUCUUCUUCCCGGAUUUGUAGGUCACCAUCAUGAUCGCACAAUAGUUCUUCACCACUAUCAACAACAGAUAUUUCAGUUCGUUCUUCUUCCGGGAUUGGUAGGUCACCAUCAUGAUCACACAAUAGUACUUCACCACUAUCAACAACAUAUAUUUCAGUUCGUUCUUCUUCCCGGAUUUGUAGGUCGCCAGAAAUUUCAGUUCGUUCUUCCCGGAUUUGUAGGUCACCAUCAUGAUCACACAAUACUUCUUCACCACUAUCAACAACAGAUAUUUUAGUUCGUUCUUCUUCCGGGAUUGGUAGGCCAGCAUCAUUAUCACACAAUACUUCUUCACCACUAUCAACAACAGAUAUUUCAGUUCGUUCUUCUUCCCGGAUUUGUAGGUCACCAUGAUCACACAAUACUUCUUCACCACUAUCAACAACAGAUAUUUCAGUUCGUUCUUCUUCCCGGAUUUGUAGGUCACCAUCAUGAUCACACAAUACUUCUUCACCACUAUCAACAACAGAUAUUUCAGUUCGUUCUUCUUCCCGGAUUUGUAGGUCACCAUCAUGAUCACACAAUACUUCUUCACCACUAUCAACAACGGAUAUUUCAGUUCGUUCUUCUUCCUGGAUUUGUAGGUCACCAUCAUGAUCACACAAUACUUCUUCACCACUAUCAACAACAGAUAUUUCAGUUCGUUCUUCUUCCUGGAUUUGUAGGUCACCAUCAUGAUCACACAAUACUUCUUCACCACUAUCAACAACAGAUAUUUCAGUUCGUUCUCCUUCCUGGAUUUGUAGGCCACCAUGAUCACACAAGACUUCUUCACCACUAUCAACAACAGAUAUUUCAGUUCGUUCUUCUUCCUGGAUUGGUAGGCCACCAUCAAGAUCGCAUAAUAGUUCUUCACCACUAUCAACAACAGAUAUUUCAGUUCGUUCUCCUUCCUGGAUUUGUAGGCCACCAUCAUGAUCACACAAGACUUCUUCACCACUAUCAACAACGGAUAUUUCAGUUCGUUCUUCUUCCUGGAUUGGUGGGUCACCAUCAUGAUCACACAAUACUUCUUCACCACUUUCAACAACGGAUAUUUCAGUUCGUUCUCCUUCCUGAAUUGGUGGGCCACCAUCAUGGUCACACAAUAGUGUUAUAUUUUUGUAUCUUUAAUUCGGACUAUAUUUAAUAUGAAGUAUUUAAUGUGAACUAUAUUCAACUGUCUUGUCUGUCCGCCAUUUUAAUACACACAUGCAAAACGUUCUUGUCCAUGAGGGGUCUGGAACCUAGUGAUGAGAUCACUACAUCACCCCCUUUUUUUAACUAAAAACUAACAAAUUAACUUAUAAAAGUAAAAGUAUGCACGUUGUCUCAUGUUUUAUGGACAUUUCAUAGAUUAAUUGUACUUGUCAACGAAUGAUUGACAAGGUAAUCUGGUUUCCAAAUAGUUCUGUUGGUAUAUGGUGUCUUGUCGACUGCCUUCGCGACACUACUGGAUGUUUUAUGUAAAUAUUUUGAGUUUGUAUUUGUGGCUAGCAGUGCCGUUAGAAGCAAAUAUUUGUUGUUGGGGGCCUCAACCAAGGGGGGUCUUGAGGCAUUUUCUCCCGGAGAUAAUUUUGAGUUUUCGAAGCCUCGGAAGAACGGUUUCCGUGAGAGGAAUUUUGAUCAGAGUAGUGACGUUUUUGCAUUUAAAAAUUCAAGAUUUUGUAUACGCAUUUUAGGCCUUUUUACAACAUCAUCCCCAAGUUCUGAAACAACGUUCGCUCUUUAUACAAUUGUAGUAACUGCCUGUGCAAGAAAGUAAUCGAGUAUUCAAGUGUGCAAUGAAGUACAAUCCUGAUGACGGAAUUAUCCCUAGCCCAAUAAUAACCGAAAAUGAAAGUAAUAGCAAAUAACACUUCAUCUCGAUUAUGAUUCUGUGUUAGAUGUUAGUUAAAUCACAGUUAAGGUUAAAUUAGGUGAAACGUGUUUGCACGCACAACUGGCCUGUUAUCGUAUAAUUGAUGAGUUAGUUGCAUAGCAACGAUAAAUCUCAGCUCGUGCAAAAAAAUGCGCCAUGAAGCGUUGAAAAUGUUGGAUUUUUUGAUGAAAUAUUUUAAAAUUAAUUUAUUCCUACCUUUCUGCUAUUCAAGCUCCGACUGUGUUUUGAAUUCUUUCAACUUUGCUUUAUUUUUUCUCUUCUUGUUCGUGCUCUCCAUGAAGGAAUCAAGACUUCGAUGAAAAAAGAUCUUGAUUCUCUCAAUGAGUGCUCGAAUAAGUCUUAUUAUCACCGUGGAUUUUGACUUUAAGUAGUUCGCGAAAAAAAACUGAACCUUGCAGGAAUGUACGAUAUGACGUUUUACCUCUCGCAUGCAGCCAACGUCCAUCCCUUAGCAUGCAGUCAGCCAAUUAUGACAAAGUCGAUUAUUACGUCAAAGCUUUUUAUGUGAUAAUGGUAAUUAAUUAUUAUGACGCAAUUUAAUUAUGCUUCCACAGGACUAACUUCGCAAUUUUUUCACGGAAAUGACAUCAGAAAGGCAUGCCAACAGAAUGUCGUGAUAUACGCACGAAAAUUCGCACAGCAGUACUUUCUGAAACACGUUACCCGUGACUGUACAAAUGAUGAUAAAGUUUUCAAAAAGUGAGAACAUGAAUCGGUCAAUUGAGACAAAGAUCAUGAACAAUUACAUUUCAUUAUCACAAUUAAUAAUAUACUGCAUGGAAAAAAUUUCGCCAUUUCCGGACGGCGUUCGUGAAAAACGUCGCUUGUUCGUGUUUGUAUCAUGUUGUAUAAAUAACUACCUGAAAAAGAUAUCUAUCGUUUCCAGGCAGUUACAACAAAACGAAGACGGCUAUUAACAGCUUAUUAUUGAAUACUGGCUACACGAAACCCCAUGCACGUGAAUUGAAAUUGUUGGUUUCAGUUAGUCCAAAAACCAUGCCAGGAUAUAUUUAUAUCUUACAGACGCAUAUAUGUAUUGUUUGUUAAUAGGUCUCCCGAAAAGGUUGCGUGGCAUCAUUAUUUUCCCAAUGUAUAUUAUUUCACCAAGGUUGGCAAGAAAAGAUGCGGGGUGACGGUUGCCAACCCGACGUCACAAGAUAAAGCUCUCUGAUUGGCUGGCUGAACGCUGGCAGAAAUCUUGGUCAAUCAGAGUUUUAUUUUGUGACGUCGGACCAGCAGCUGUGAUCCCGCAUAAUUUUGAAAAAAAAUGACUACAUUGAGUAAAAAGUUUGAUGAAUUUUCGCAAAAUGCAAUGUAGGAGUGUUCAAGUUAUGUCUGAUCAUGAGUUUAUAAUGUUUUUUAAUAACUUUCGAUGGAUGUGUAUAUAUAUGCGAGUUUUUCGUGAUUUAGUGUUUGUAUACAGUUUUUUAAAAAUAAAAGACCUUUUCGGGAGACCUAUGAUUUGCUUACAGAUUUUGGGUUAGUGAAAUUAUUUUAUACAUUUAUUUUCUUUUUCUGUCACAGUACUGGAAAAAGACCGGCUGAGCGUAGUUACAUACGACACUGGUGUCACAGUUGAUUUUCAUCUUCUGGCAAUGAACAAAGACAACAAGAAAUUUGCAGAAAGCAAAAUCGAGUUAAUUCAACCUGGAUCAAGUACCAAUCUCUGCGGUGGUUUACUACAAGGUCUUUGCACAAUCCUUGACAGAGGAGAAACCAAAACUGAUGUGGCGUCCGUGUUGCUGUUUACUGAUGGCCUUGCUAAUCACGGUAAUUAAAGACCAGUUACAAUCGAAGAUGAAUAAGGCUAAUCCUCUAUAAAGUGCCCAAAGGCUUUUAUUUGGCAUUAUUUUAGAGGGACUAUUAGAUAUAUACUUAGCAGUUAACAAUUAACAAGAAACAUAUAUUUCGAGGAAUGGAAGCAGUGCACAUAUAUUUUUUUGUUGUGAAGAGGAGUAGAAGAGGAAGAGGAGUAGAAGAGAGGGACUCUAUAUCUUAAUAUUAAAUGUAGUAUUACAAUAACAGUACGUGAUAUUUGAAAAUUUUGCCAAACAUGUAGGCCUACGAGCCGCAUGACAAUUAAUACUAGUAACUGGUAUCUGGUCCUUCAUCGCACAAAUAAUAUCACCUGUUUACUUGUUUAACAUUUCAUAAUUGCAUUUUUGAUCACUCAACAGUGGAUUUAAAAAGUUGUUUUUACGCUACGAAACAAAAAUUAUAUCUAUUGGAAAAUUGACAGAGAGCUAACGUUAAUAGCCAAAAAUUAUUGAUAUUUUUUAUCUCCGUUGUAUCAUCAUUUUGAAUAGUAUAGUAUUAUUAGUUUCCACUCAAUGGAGUUUACAACAAAUUACUCUUAUUUUGUUUUUAUUAUUUCUUUACCAUGAAGGAAUCACACGCAAAGAAGAAAUUAUUAAAGCCAUGAAAAAUCCAAAGAAAUAUUUAAAGGAAUCUUACUUUGAGAUGACACAUUUUGAUAUGAUGAUGCAAUAUCAGAACAAUUCCACUCCAGCAGUCUCAUACGGCAAUAUAUCAUCUGGAGCACCUCCGAAUAGAUACCAGCCUGGAGCAUCUCAAGGGUCUUUUCUCUCUCGGAGCUUACGAAGAGUUGUUAAUUAUUUCACACAAUCAACAACAGAACAAGCUCCGGCACAAAACGUGUGUGAAGACGAAGAAGAUGAACAAGGAAAUGCAAUAAUUUUACAGCAAAACAUCGCACCUGAAGCUGCACAAAACAUACAAGUUCAACAGGCCUUGCAAGAACCCACACAUAAUGUCCAACAGCUUGCAGAAACUGCAGUACAGCCAGAUCCCGAACACGCUUUACAGCCAGAUCCCAAACAGGCUAUACAGCCAGAUCCCGAACAGGCUUUACAGCCAGAUCCCGAACAGGCUUUACAGCUAGAUCCCGAACAGGCUUUACAGCCAGAUCCCGAACAGGCUUUACAACCAGAUCCUGAACAGGCUUUACAGCCACAUCCCGAACAGGCUUUACAACAGUCACCAGAAAUAUUAGAACAACCCGCACAAGACACACAACAGGUAGUGCAGGCGGAAGAAGCCUUGCAACAAGCUACUCAGGUUACAGAAGCAGCGCCGCCAGAAACGAACGAGGCAGUGAAUGAGGAGAAGAAGGUAGUGUAUUGUAGAUCAGAGAAUUUCGAGAUCCAUACCUUAUAUUUUAAAUAUAUAUAUAUUUUAUAUAUUUUAAAUAUAUAUAUAUAUAUAUAUAUAUAUAUAUAUAUAUAUAUAUAUAUAUAUAUAUAUAUAUAUAUAUAUAUAUAUAUAUAUAUAUAUACGCUAAUUCCUUAAACUCUAAAACCUUAAACUUUAAACUCUAAGCGCGCAAAGCAUAAUGGGAGCACAAUUUAAGCAGUUUAGAAAGCAUAUAUGGAGUCCAUUUCUUGGAGACAUAAUAAAAAUCUCCCUGCAAAAACAUUUCACUGACAAACAGCUGCAAUAAUCAACUACUAAGCUUGAAAUCAGUGCUCCCAUCAUGCUUUGCGCGCUUAGGGUUUAAGGUUUAAGGUUUUAAAGUUUAAGGUUUGCGAAGGACAACCUUUAUUGAAUUAGCUGUAUAUAUAUAUAUAUAUAUAUAUAUAUAUAUAUAUAUAUAUAUAUAUAUAUAUAUAUAUAUAUAUAUAUAUAUAUAUAUAUAUAUAUAUAUUUAUAAUAUAGUCAUCCAUCGUAUAUGAGCUGUUCUGCAAUCUGAUUGGUUGAAUUACUCGCCGUAUAUCAGCUCAUAUACGGCGAGUAGCGAAAAACAAGAUGGCGGUCCAAAAACUACAUGAGUUUUGCGAAGCAGAAAAAGGAAAAUAUUCGCUUUGAGAAACAUAAUAGUACAGGGAAAAACUCUCAAAAAAAAUUGACAGGUUAGCAAAAUACAUUUAUUACGUAGAAAUUAGUUUAAAUAAAGUUUUUUAAAGAAUUAAUACCGAAACAACAGCGAAAAAACAUGUUCAUUGAGAAUAUAAAUUGUUCAGAAAAGUUUGCCGAUGAACGACAAAUGAAUUUGCAGUCAACAAGCACUUACUAUAGUACCAAACAUCUGCAUAAUAUAUCUGAGCUUUCCUGUUAGAUAUAGAGGAUCUAAAACCAUUUCUUUCACUUCGUCUUCGAGUUGUAAUACAAAAGUAUUUCACAUUUUCAAGCGGUUUUUGGCCGAACAAAUUGUCAACACAUUGUAACAGUGAAUAAUUAAUUACUGCUUCAGUUAAUGGCUAUAUUAGACUAUAUUAUAAAACAAUUAUACCAUUCGCUCUCGUCGUAUAUGGCUGAUAGCCGACUCGGUGCUACGCACCUCGUCGGCUAUCAGCUCAUAUACGACUCGAGCUCAUGGCAUAAUUGUUAAUUAUAUAUAUAUAUAUAUAUAUAUAUAUAUAUAUAUAUAUAUAUAUAUAUAUAUAUAUAUAUAUAUAUAUAUAUAUAUAUAUAUAUAUAUAUAUAUAUAUAUAUAUAUAUAUAUAUAUAUAUAUAUAUAUAAUGAAACAGGGGCGAUUAAAUUCCAUUUUACACUAUAUCAGUUGUGUUGACCUGUAUGCAUAAUUUGAUCAAGCUUACUUUUUAUUUAGGCCACAUGAAGUUUUUCACUUAAAUUAAUUCACUAUUUUUUACGAGAACAUCUUGUAUACGUGGCAUUUUGCUACAUAACUUUCAUACCAUUUGUAUCAUAUAGCUUGUCUAUGUAUAUAUGUAUAUAUAGAGAGAGAGUUCAUGUCGAUACUGAAUUAUAAAAUUGUAUUUUAUCUUUCAAUUAGCCCUAUUCACAUUAGAGACGGACAAGUCAUCUAGACGAACAAAUCGUCUCUCAAAAAUCGUCUUCACAGACGGACAAGUAGUCGAACAAAUUCAGACGACUUGUUCGUCUAAAAUUUUGUCCGACACGUUUUCACAUCUGAUGAUUUGUCCGACUAAAAGACGAUUUUGAGACGAUUUGUUCGUCUAGACGACUUGUUCGUCUUCUAAUGUGAAAACGGCUAAUGCAUGCAAUGCUCACUUCCCUCGUGGUUGUUUGAGCACUCUGGCCCCAUUACACUCUGCGCAUGUCUGGAUGCGUUGAUGUCAUCGUGUUGUACUACAUGCCUUGGUGAGAGCAAGUUCAUGUAAUAUAAAUACGAAUGUCUCACGUAUCUAGACGUGUACGAAGCUGCACUGACGAGGCGUAGAACGCCGAAACAUGCAAGCUCAGUUGGUUUAUUGGUUAGAGCGCUCACAGGGCCGCAGGUUCGAUAGAGGGCUUACAGUUGCAUUUUUCGCAGCUAAUUUUCCUGUUUAGGUCUAAAAUUGUAUAUAUAAUGUAAUUUUCCGAUCGAAAUUUUCAUCAACAAAAACCCUCAACUAUAUGCAGUAGAUCAGAACUAUAUUGUGUUGAAGAUCUUGAAAUGCGCACAAAUUUCUUUAGGACGGAAAUUGUAGGUACAUGCAGACUACGUAAUUUUAUUGCUUGUUUUGCUCCAUCUUAAGUAUAGUAGAAUAAUUAAACAUGAAAGCCGUAAUAGUAUGAUUUCGAGUGCAAUGGGCCAGAAAAAAAUAUGAACGAGCGAGCUUUUCAAAGGCGAUCAAAAUUGCACGAGUCUAAUUUGCUCAUUCAUUUGACCGAAUCAGCAUCUGAAUUACCUUUUUGGCAUGCACUCUAUUUCAAUACAAUCGCGCUAUAUAUGAUCUUAGCAAUAUAAUUUUUAUAAUUGUGAUACAGGACAAGAAGAAUAUUGAAGCUUCUGUGUACACGUUUGGUUUUGGAAGCGAUCAUGAUCCUGACCUGUUGAAAGCCAUUAGUGAUGCAGCAAAUGGAAUGUAUUAUUUUAUUGAAAACGAGGAACAGGUUCGUCCAACCAUUAAAUAGGCAAGCACUUCAUAACAGAACUGUCCUACCUCUUUUCCCCACCUCCAAUACACUCUUCCAGAAAGUAUACGUCACUUUGGGAAGAGUUUAUUUCGCUUGCCUCAGAGUGACAAAUCUCAGGGGCGUAGGAAGGCAGGAAGAAUCCAAAAAUGGGGGGGACCGGCUUCCAGGGGCACUUUUGGAUAUUGAAAAGGGUACCUAAAAAUUUUUUCCCGGACAAUUUUCCCGUCAUACCAUACCGAAAUUGCAUGUUUUUGACCAAAUGUUUUUUUAAAACAUCGAAAUUUCCAAACAAAAAGGGCACCUUUGAUUGUUAAUUUAGUAUUUACAGCAACAUUAGCUUGUACAAAAAGGGCACUUUUCAUCACAAAAAAGGGCAGUUUGGUCCUUUGAAAAAUUUCGGGGGGACGUGCCCCCCCCCCCCCGUUCCUACGCCCCUGAAACCAACCUUGAAGAAAAAAAGUUUUGACGAAAUGUCAUUCUGAGGUCAACCAACUAACCUUUUCCGUCACUUUGGCCAUAGAGUCUCGUUUUCGUGUAUGUGAGAUUAGUUCAAGCAAUUACGAGAACGAGGCUCAUAGUCUAGGUAACGUACUUUUCGGAAGCGUGCAUUGUCCUAGCAAUAAAAAUAGGUGCCCAUGAGUACACAUUUGCAUCGUUAUAUUAUUAUUGGAUUAUUAUCGUUGGGUUAUGGAGAAUUUUGGAAGUUUUUUAUACGUCAGAAUUUUAAAAAAUACGCUACAAAACCUUGAUGAAAUUGAUGCAUCUAUUUUACUUCUAUGUGGACAAGAAAUGCAAAUCCUAUAAUUGAAUCAUUCGACUAAAUUUGGUUUGAUAAUAUUUUUUUCUUUGUGACGCCGUGUUCAAACAAGAGAAAAUCCAACUGAUCUGUUUUGGCAAGAAUAUAUUGCAGUCUGCGUGUAUGCAUUUGCUGUAUACAACUGACGUAUUAUGUAUUAUGUUAUUAAUUGGUCACUAACGGAUUUUGCCUCAAAUUCUAAAUAUUCAUUGAAAUACUGUAAAUCUAAUUUUCUUGUUGGCAAAAUCAAGGUUUUUGCAUUCAUUACUUUUUCAUCACAUAAAUUUCACUAUGUUUAGAUUUCAGAAUCGUUUGGUCAUUGUUUCGGUGGGCUGGUGAGCACACUAGGUCAAAAUAUAGAAUUGACAUUGGAACUGUGCGAUGGUGUUAGCAUAGACACAAUACAUACUGAUCGGAAUAACACAAGUGAUGACACAAAGAAGUACGUGUUUACCUAUAUAUAUAUAUAUUUUUAUUCAAUGUACUGCAUGCAUUUUGGUAAACGGGGACUGCGUUAUUAGCGCGGAUGACUAAAUUAGUCAUGUGGAAACAUGUGACUCAUGUAGGCCUAAAUAGAAUUCACGAUCAGAAAUUGCCGCCACAAAUUGACACCAAAGAUGAGGUGGCUCGUCUUAACUGAGCAUGCAUGUAGUGUACAUGCUGACGUGACUGAAUAUUAAUGAGGCGAACUGCAGAAAUAUUUCACGAAAUAGUCGGCAAAGUUUUUUAUUUAUUGGUAGAAUUUUGAGGUAAAGAGAAAGACCCAAGACCCCCCAAGACCCAAAAUUAAUUUUAGAUGACUCAAGAAUACUUAAAAAAACUUUUUUAGAUGACUCAAGAAUAUUUAAAAACACUUUUUUAGAUGACUCAAGAAUAUUUAAAAACACUUUUUUAGAUGACUCAAGAAUAUUUAAAAACACUUUUAACGUACAAUUUGAGCUUUAUAUUGGCUUGUUGCAAAUAAGUCAAAGUAAACCGAAAAUUCUUAUUGAGCCCACGAUGCUACACAAUGAACACUCAACUGUGUUUUACUUUCAGUACUUAGAGGGUCUCCCCCAGAUGCAGACCAAAAACUUAACCUUGCACUUAUGGUCCAUGAUCAUAAUUUGGUCGUAUGAUGACAAUCAGAGACGCCCAAGCAUAGUAAGUCUUCGACUCGGGCCGAGCUGUGUACUUCCCAAUAGACCUUUCCUGAAAGUAUACUUAACCUUGGAUAUAGAGUCUUGUUUUCGGAAUUGAGAUAUAUCGGUUUUAGAGACCUUUAUCUUGUUACUGAUGGCCUAAUUAUAUAAACUAUUUUAUAUUAUCCAGGAUAACUGUAUGAUUUCGUAAAUGUGUCCAUCUGUAUCAAGAUAGUCAUUGUAAUUGUGGGAGUCAUUGUAAUUAUGAAUUGAAACACAUUAUUUAAAUUUAUUUACCCCCAGGAAACUGCGAAGAACGAAUUCACACACUCAUUCAUGAUUUUUGUAGAAAAUGGAAGGUGCAAUUUAAUGAUAUGCAAUCUGAAGAAGAACGUGAUGUUCUAUUGACGAUAAAGUUGCCUCGUACUGACUCUUCGACCACAACUAUUCUUAAAUCUUCCAUCAAAUAUUUCUGUGUUAUUCACUCCAGUUAUAAAUAUUCUGAAGCGGAGAUGUCAGUUAACAGAUCCGGUAUGUUUGGCUGAUCGUUUAAUUGCAUGCCUGAAUAGGUUGCGAUAUAUUACGAAUCGUAAUGAUGCCAUUGUGGUUGAUUUUUCUAGGCACACAUGUAAACAGCUAAGCAUACGGCAUGUACAGCAUUCAUAAAAUAAACCAUGAAUGGAAUGUGAUGCUGGGUCUGCCUCGUACCCAGGCGCUAUGUGUUAUUCUAUGGCUUGUGUGGCCUUUGCCAGUGGCCCGUGCCGGCUAAUUUGAUCGAUUUCGUGUCGAGGCUGACCACAAUUUAACUAUAACUUAAAAUGGAUUACAAUAUCAGCCUCGAAUUCAAGCUAUUUUCCGUGUGCAGUAGAUCUAUUUAUUUAUAUUUAAUGUUGACAUUUGUUUUAUUAUAACAAUAUAGCUGAUGCGAAAUAUUCUCCCGAAGUUGCGAACUUGGCUAUUGACCGCCAACGAAACAGAAUUGUAACGAGCAAAGCAACAAAAGAAGCACUUGAAUUGGCGGACAAUGGUAAAAAUUUACUUUUCUUUUGUUGAUUUCAUUUGCUUGCGUGUCUGUGUCCGCCUGUCUUACUCAGGCCUUGUACGGAAGGAAAGGCGCUCGAUCGAACGCGUUUUUCACGAUGGAUAUUUUAUGGAUGGACUGCUUUUGAACUGGAUAAAUCUAUUUUAUGGAUUGACUGCUUUUGAAUUGGAUAAUAAAAGUUACUGUUAUUAAAGGCAUUUCUCAAAUGCCUUACGCGCUCGACAAAUAGCGUUACGGUGAUCCAGGUGUUACUCGUCUCUUACUAACUAUAUACUCUAUAUUCUUUGUUGAUGUUAUGUACUCAGGUGAAUAUGAUGUUUCUCUGAGUGAUGUUUGUGAUGUUAUUCAACGUAACUUUUGAGGGUACUAAUUCCGCUCGGCUAUUUACACCUGGGGAAAGGAAAGCAUUAGCGAAGUCUAAAGUUCAUCAAUAAUCGCGGGCGGAUGGCUAUGGUUCACCGUGCGUGGGCAGUGAACUCUAUAUAUAUAUAUCUGGAAUGAUAACAGCGAGCGAAAAGUGAAGCCGACAAAAAAAUCACGACAUAAGUAUUCGUCAUUGUCUUCGUCAUCAACUGUUCAAGAACUUUCUUACAGUAUUAAAAAUUACUUACAAAUAAAAUUUGUAAUUGUUUUGAAAGUUUUUAUCACAGUUUUUAUAUCUUUAUUCACUUUUAACCUGAAGGUGGAGUUAUACUCCGAAACGUAGUUAUUAAAAUAAUUUUUUACUAAGCCCAUAUGGUCUAAUUUAUAUUCAAACACACGUACAUAUUCAUUUACAUUUUGCUGGCAGGCAAAUUCCGAUCACACAAUAAAUUCUUUAAAAAAUAACGUACCAGUGUAUUGACUAAAAACUAUAAAACUGGUAAACUAAAAAACAAUUCAAACAAUCGCGAAAAAUGGCAACGGCAAAGUCACAGUUGCAAGUCAAUUUACCUUAGUACCUGUGAAAUGAAAUUUUCUGGCAAGAAUAUCUCUUUCCUUGUGCAUCCAGAACGACAGUACGACACAAUAUAUUUGAAAAAGUGAUUCUUUUCUCCACACGGGGAAGUUUUCCUCGACUUUUUUUCCGACAGCGAACUCAAUGCAGUAAAUUUUAGGAGCAAAACAGUUUGCUCCUAAAAUGUAUUGCAUUGAGUUGCCCAUGUUUUUAAUUUUUUUUCGUGAUUGCGUUCAAAUUUAUACUGGCCGUGCAACGGUUUGUAAGAGGGGGAAUGAAACUGACGUCCAAUCCGCGUAAACCUGACGUUUGAGGGACUGAGACUGACGUCCAAUCCGCGUGAAAGACUGGUAUCGAGGCUUCAUUGUUUUCACAAUCAAAUGACUGAAUGUUAUCGUUCCAGAUAUAUAUAUAUAGAGAGUUCACUGUGCGUGGGUAGUCAUCCUCACUGAUCUCAAAACAUAGCGGACUGUCAUGAAUAGCGAAUACUGAUUGGUCAAAUUUAAAAUUUGCAUUAUAAUGACUUCAUGACGACAGCAAAAUAACAAACAUUUCUUGCAAAUCAGUGUUCACCAUUUCCAUGACAGUCCGCCAUUUUUUUGAGAUCAGUGGGAGAUCCACCCUUGGAUCAUAACCAGACGCCCGCGAUGUUUGAUGAACUUCACAUUUCGCUAAUGCUUCCCUUUCCCCGGGUGUAAAUAACCGAGCGGAAUUAGUACCCUCGCCUCCCAGCCUUUGGAACAUUCUUCCUGCCCACAUACGUGAUACCUCAAGAACUUUAGUUCACUUCAAAUCCUCAUUAUUUAACUACUACUUCGACCUUCUAGAACAUAUUUACAACCCGGACAACCCAAGAACACUCAAGUCAGUGUGCGCCAAAUGCCACUCCACUCGUCCUCUCGCUAGUUUAUCAGUAAGAACAUGUUGUUGACAGUUAGCCAAAGCCAAUAGUUCGUAAAUGUAUUGUUAGUAUUUGUUCAAGAUCCCGUUAUCUCUGUGAUCAGUCCCUGCCUGUAACGUAAAAUAUGUAAUAUUGUGUAAUGGUUUUAUUGGUUUAGUGGUAUUUAUGUUUGUGUGUGUGGCAAAUCUUGUAAAAUAAAUAACUUGCUUCUAGCUAUGCUGCCAGUGUUGCUUCGAUGAAACUAUAGUAUCAAUAAUAGUUCCCUUUUGUUUACUGUAUUGAAUAUUUUAUAGGUUUGGUUUAAUUUGGUUGUUUUCUGCUUCUUUAGGUGAUUUAGAGUUGGCUCGCAAACGACUUAAAGAAGAAAUAAAUAGAGUCAAAGAAUCCUUGACAAAAGAUGACGAACUUUGUAAGGUAUGAAACCAUGGUCAUGGAUUAUGCAAUUACUUUAUGGUUUCCGUGUUUGGAUGGCCUGAUCCAAACACGCGUGAAUGUUGCGAGAGUUAAGAAAAGCUCGCGCUUUGCGCGCUUUUCUUAACUCGAGCAACAUUCCCAGGUGUUUGGAUUUAUUUAGAUCAAUUUCCAUGUCCAAGCGGUAGAGUGCGAACGGGACUCAAAGUCCCAUGCGAGGCACUCCCCCGUUACAAACUGUAAAGAUUUCUUAAAUAUUUACAUUAAUAAUAGCUAUGAAAAAACAUAGCCAAUUACUUGAGCACCAACUAAUUCUUAAAACCGCACGCAGCUUACAGUAAUGGUGCUUGAAAAAAGGUACUGUACGUUAACACACAAACGAUCAGUCGGCCGAUUUCAGGUAUUGCCGAAUAUUAAAAUGACAAACGUUAUAUCAGUUGACAACACAGAGUAUAGACAGAUAUACAAAACUACAACUAGAGCACCCACCUUUUUGUGCGCGUUCUCGGCAAGUUACUAGAUGCAUACAUACAUACAUACAUACAUACAUCGCCUUUAUUUAAAACACGGUAAACCUUCAGUAAUAUUACAUAAUAAAUAUAGUCUAAAUUAUUCUAAACUUAAAAAUAUUUGGAUUCACAUAGUAUAUAUAUAUAUAAAAAUAUAACAAAUAUGAAACUACUGUUCUACCAGGUUGCCGUGUGGGAGUCGGACAAGAGUUAAAUAGCAUUAUUAGUUUUUAAAGAUUGCAAGAAAGCAUGCAUCCCAUUGGCGGUUUUCUUUAACUGCUCGCGGAACUUGCCGAGCACGCGCAAGGGUCAGGCUAUCCAAACACGGAAACCAUAAAGUAAUUGUUUUAUAAAAUAACAACUUUCCGUGUUAAAAUUUCACUUUAAAAAACUUUCACUUUAAAUUUCCGUGAUUGGAUGGCCUGAUCCAAACACGGGUUUCGACCAAUCAGAGCACGCGUUAUAUACAUGUUAUUUUAUAAUGUAUAAUGAAAAUGGCUUUUUCUAAAGCCGGGCGCAUACGCUGUGAUUAUUAACAGAACUGUCAACUUUAAAACUUAACUGUUAGUUAUUUAUUGAACGUUCUCUGACUUAAUAUUUAUUUCUACGAGCUUUCGGCUAUCAGUCUAUAUAUAGCCUUCGACGGGUGUAUACAAAUGAUUCUAUAAAGGCUAUAAUAUAGACUGAUAGCCGAAAGCUCGUAGAAAUAAAUAUUAAAUCAGAGAACGUUCAAUAAAUAAUGUUUCAACCUGGCUAUAUGCAUCCUCUAUUUUUUCAAUUAUCUGUUAGUGUUAACAAAAUUUGAUUUGUGAUUUCAAAAGUGUUAAAAGGUCCAUUUACACGCGUAUGUACUGGAACAAAUCCGUGUAAAGGAUGUCCUAUUCAACUUUUGCCAUGGACAGGAAUAAUUCAACAGUCGUUUUCAUACGCCAGAAUGACAAUCGUAUACGACUAGUCGUCUCGUGUAAAUGGGCCUAAAAUCAUCAAACAAGAGACGUGGGAUACUUUUGUUUGCAAGUAUCUCUAUAAUUCGUGGUUUGGUAGUAUAUAAAUUUACUUUGUUAUAUGUUCUAGCUUCUCGUCAUAGACAUGGAAAAAUGUCUGGAGGGCCUACGGGACUAUCGUUUGUACAGUACGUCGGGAAAGAAAUAUCAAAUGAAUCUGUAAGUUCCACGUUACCUUCAUAUUUUAUGUCAGUUGAAUUAAAUUUCUGUAUAUUGUAAAGCGUCAACCUUUUCCAACAAAUACAAUUUUCAUUUUAUAGACUCCAGAUGCAUUCAACUCAACGAAGCAGUCGGCCUGAUGGAAGUAGUUGUUAUGAAAAUGUAUCCAAAAUGUCUCACGUGGAUAAAUUUAAAUGAUCACAGAUACUUCCAAGGAGCAGCAUAUUAUCAGUUCAUUAGACAAUAUAUUUUUAACAUUUUGUAUUCUUAUAAAAAUAUAUCUUUCACAUGUUUGUUGUUGAAAUGUAACCUUUGGCAUGCUUCUACUGCUACUUCUAGUUAAUUUCUCUUUUAAUAAAAAUAAAC